CAACGUCUGACCCACGGGUCUUUACUCUCUCAACAUUCCUCCCUUUCCCCCUCUCCCUCCCCUCCCCAGAACUCCACCAUCGUGAACGCCGCCUCCCAGGUGGUGCCCAACCGCCUGUUCGCCGGCUGCCCCUACCCCGAGAAGCUCGAGUCCUACCAGCACCGCUCCGCAGCGCCCGGCUCGGGGGCCACGCUGGCACAGGACCUGCGGGGCACAUGGUGCGUACACUACGACGCAUUCAAGGGGGUGGCGCAGGUGCGCUCCCUGCUGUGGCCCGGCUACUUCUUCUACUACGCAGCCAACGAGCUGACGUGGGGCUCGCUGUACGUGGGGGACGGCUGCCGCAACAACGACCUCAUCUUCAUGCUGUGAGGCGGGGGCCGCCGUUGCAACAGGAGCGAACCG